AUGGUGGGUAUGGCGCGCUUCCUAAGUGCUGCAAUCGGUAACGACGAUGAUGUCGACAACGUACAGGGCAAAUGGAUUGGGUUAGGUAUCGUCAUUGCCUCCGCUGUGCUUUCUAAUCUCGGUGUUAAUGUACAGAAGCUCUCGCACGUACGGGAGGAAGAAAAACCGGUAUUUGAGCGACAAACCUACUACACCCGUCCACUCUGGCUCAGUGGUUUAAUUUUAGUCCUAUUAGGUGCAAUUGGAGACUUUGAAGCACUGGGAUUUGCUCCUCAAGCUCUUGUUGCAGCAGUUGGUGGUGGGUUUACUGUACUAGCCAAUGUAUUCUUUGCCCAUUUAUGGCUAGGACAGAUCCUGACCAAGACAGAUGUACUUGGUACACUGCUGAUUAUCAUUGGCGUCGUACUUAGUACUGUAGCCAAUGAACCGGAUGAGCAAAUGUCACUUGUGGAACUGGAAAAACAAUUUUUUCAGCUUGAAUUUCUCAUUUACCUUGGAAUGAUGACAGCAGUACUUCUUUGUAUUUUUGGCCAGAUUGAAGCCAUUCUAAGAGCUCGGAAUGAGUCCAAAUACCGGUUAUUACCGUUUUUGUAUGCCACUGCAUCCGGUAUUUUCGGUUCUUUUUCGGUCCUAUUGGCCAAGUGUGCUUCAAUACUGUUUAUUUUGACACUAGGUGGUGAAAAUCAAUUUGUUUACGUGACAACGUACUUGUUCAUGGGUGGCAUGAUGUCGACAUUGGUACUACAGACGGAUUUAUUAAAUCGUGCUAUCAUGGCUGGAGAUACACUCAGUGUGUUUCCCAUGUUUCAAUGCUUUUGGAUUGGGUCGAGUGUUAUUGGUGGUGUCGUGUUCUACCAAAAAUACACGCGGUUCUCGUUAUUUGAUUGGAUUUGCUUGCCAAUUGCACUAGCGUUUAUUAUCGUUGGCAUUUACUUGUUGUCAAAACAUGGUGAAGGAGAUAACGAUGAUCCGUGUGAGUUAGAACACGCUACUCCGAGCUAUCGUGCACAUUUGACGGGUCAUUUUGGUGCGCUUAUGCCAUUGUCACCGCAAGGUCGUACAUACAGCACCUUUGGCCGAAAAAGUUUUGAUGAUCGUGAAAAUGUACACACCCCACUACGGUACACAUCAUCAAACGGCCGUGUUAUUGGGCUCACCACUGGGUGUACAAACGGAUUCAUCAACGGACUUGGUGCUGAUUAUGACCACGAUUACGAAAACAGCAAGUGUAUUGGUCAGUGGCAUGGAACUCAUGACCGAAGGCAUUACAAUGCUGAUCACGAGGAUCGGCCUGUGUUCAGUGGAUCUAUUUAG